CGGCAUUGCCCGGUUCAUCAUGUACAAUACAUACUAGUAUUGUUUUUCUUUGAAAGGAAAAAAAAAAAAAAAAUGUCGCCAAUAAUUUUACCUCAUCAUCUUUACUACAAAUAUUUCCUUCCACCCCCCCUCUCUUCCCCUCUACUUUCAACCCAUACAUUGCUUGCCUUUGACGCCUUGUGAAUUCGCUCUUCCUCCCCUUCCAUCGCCAUCUAUUCUCUAUCGUAUAUAAUACGAUAAUACCGUAUCCCAAUUCAUACAAUUAGAGAAUCUAUACAUCAAAAAAAAGAUGGUUCCCGCACGAGCAGUUUUCGGUGGCAUCCAGCGCCGAGCGUUCUCGGCCUCGGCGCAAAAUCUCUCCAAGGUCACAGUCCUUGGCGCCGCCGGUGGUAUCGGCCAGCCAUUGUCCCUUCUUCUCAAGCUCAACCCCAGAGUAACCGAGCUUGCUCUAUACGAUAUUCGUGGUGGUCCCGGUGUUGCUGCCGAUAUCUCCCACAUCAACACUAAGAGCGUAGUCAAGGGCUUCGACCCCACACCCACCGGCCUGGCCAACAGCUUGAAGGGUAGCGACAUCGUCCUCAUCCCUGCUGGUGUUCCCCGAAAACCCGGCAUGACCCGUGAUGAUCUCUUCAACACCAAUGCGUCCAUCGUCCGUGACCUAGCCAAGGCCGCGGCCGAGACCUGCCCGGAAGCCAAGCUUCUCAUCAUCUCCAACCCUGUCAACUCUACCGUCCCCAUCGUGGCCGAGGUCUUCAAGGCGCGUGGCGUCUACAACCCCAAGCGUCUCUUCGGCGUCACCACUCUCGAUGUCGUCCGCGCUAGCCGAUUCGUUAGCGAGAUCAAGGGUACCGACCCUAAGGAUGAGAAGAUUACCGUUAUCGGUGGCCAUUCCGGUGUCACCAUCGUCCCGCUCUUCAGCCAGAGCGGCCACCCCGACCUUACCUCCAACGCCGAUCUUGUGAAGCGCGUCCAAUUCGGUGGUGAUGAGGUUGUCAAAGCCAAGGAUGGUGCUGGUUCCGCUACUCUAUCCAUGGCCAUGGCCGGUGCCCGUAUGGCCGAAUCGCUGCUCCGCGCCGCCCAGGGCGAGAAGGGCGUUAUCGAGCCUACCUUCGUGGACAGCCCUCUCUACAAGGACCAAGGCAUCGACUUCUUUGCUUCCAGGGUUGAGCUAGGUCCCAACGGAGUCGAGAAGAUCCUUCCCGUCGGCGAGGUCGACAGCAACGAGCAGGCGCUUUUAGAGGCAUGCCUAGGCGACUUGAAGAAGAACAUUGAGAAGGGUGUCGCCUUCGUUGCCGCAAACCCUCCCAAAUAAGCCGUCUAGAUCUGGCUAGACCUUGGUGAUAAUAAGGGUACCUACCUAAAGAAUUUAUAAGGAGAGAAAAAGCACAUUCUUGCUUGCCGGUUCAGACGAUACGAAUAUAGAACAUAUUUGGUCGUGCGAACCCUUAGAGCUAGCUGAGCUUCCACAGUUUAGCUAUUUCGUGGAAAGACGUGAUGGGGCUUAGUAUCUACCUAGAGAGCUGUACGAUAUUAAAUUCC